AUGGGCCCCUCCCUACAUACUAAGCUGGCGCAAAUGAGCAUUGAGGGUCGCCUUGAUGAAUAUCGAUCAAAAUCCUUAGCUGGCCAUUGGACACGAGACUCAGUAUCCUCAAGUAGGACAACGGUCUCAACCAAUCAACAAGAGUUCGACUCCUCUCGCAGACACGUCUCGAACCGAAACACUAGAGAGAUGAAACUCUCAGCCAUCGCGCACACUGUCUUGGUGACUCUUUCGCUUUCAGGUGUUGUCAUCGCCCCCGGGUGUAUUGAGUGCCCCUGGCCUAACUGCCGCCAGGAGUCCACUUACGAACGUUUCAAGACAGGCUGGAAACCCUCCGGUCCCUGCGGAGAACCUCUGGGCGGGGGCGCAUACUGCCUGAAAGAACGCCAGAAGAGGUAUUACAUGUGCAAGGACUGUCGGCAAUGGUCUUCCCUCAAUGCCCGGCCAAGUCCAAAGACCCCUCUUCAUCUCCGAGGUUGCACCCAUAACAGAAAAGUUCCCCUAGAUCCUAAAACAUCACCCCUAUGCCAACCGGCACAACAAGAACCAUCUGGAUCGCAGCCUCAAGCUCAACCAUCUGGAUCCCAGACUCAAGCCCCAGUGUAUCAUAAAUUCUUAGGGCUUGAAGAAACUCCCCAACCAUCUCAGCCUAAUAGUAAUGCCCCGGUGUAUCACAACUUCUUAGGACUACCAGACCAUGACAAUUAGAAAAACAGAAAGAGAGAAAAAACAGUCCCCAUGUUCAAGAUAUAGGUCCAGUAGGACGUAGUAGAAUUUGCAUCUACACGUUUGAUGAAUUCAUAGGAUCACA